CAACUCUUCCUCAUUGUGUGCUUCAUGAUUCUUGUACCUCGAAAACAUCUUAUUGUAAUGCAUCCAAUGUAGUACAAUCAACUGUUACCCCACCAAAGGAACAUUAUUAGCCACGAAAGUGGCUCACUUUUCCUCCCAUGGCCCUCAAACCAUCCCUUUUUCUACUUCCUUGCCAAAAAGGAAGAACUCUGGAGGAAGCUGCAAUGAUGGCCAGAACGAAGAAAUUCAAGCUUUUCCAAAUACUUCCCUCCUCGUGUCUCUUCUUGCAAAUCCUACACAAAUGAAAAUCAGAUACCCAGAAUGGACUCUGCCGAUUUUAGAGCAUUCCAACAACAAAAAGAGCUGAAGUUCUCAAUUCCUGAUGAUUCAUGCAACUUGGAAUUACCCUUCAUCAGUGAUUCUCAGGUAAGCUCAAAUUCUGUAGAAAGCUCUGGUUUUGGUUUUGAUCCUACUGUUUCUGUUGAGUACUUGGAUUUCCUUCGAGCCCAAUUGGAUUUUUCUGGUAAUGACAAUGUGAAUGCAACUCAAGCUAUUGAUUUUCUGAGAAAUGAGAAUGUGGGUUUUGAUGGGGUUUUGGAAUUCAAUUCCAUAACCCAAAACACAGUUCAGAAACUUCACAGUCCAGAAACAGAUAUUGAGUUGCAGAAAGCUAAGGUUUCUGGAGAAGUAAUGGAUUUGGAGGUCCCUACCGUUUCUAUUGAGAUCAUUCAGAACAAGAGGCCAUUCGAGUGUUCAGAGACUGGAUGUGACAAAACUUUUAGAAAUCUACAAACCCUAAGACUUCAUUACAGGACUCACUUCACUAAUGAAUCUCUUAUUUCUCGGCAAUGGCCUGAUAAUUCAGUGUCUCAAGCAUCCAAAGCUGGAAACAACAAGAAAGUUCCAUGCCGGUGCCCCGUAUGUGGCCGGACUUGCGUGGGUCUCUAUGAACUUCGCCGGCAUUUUGGCCGGAAGCACUCGGAAGGGGAGAAGCUGCACAAUUGUAGGAAAUGUGAGAAGAAAUUUUAUGUGGAAAUAGACUUGAAGGAUCAUGAGAAGCUUUGUGGUGAGAGGGUUGAGUGCAAAUGUGGCUUGAAAUUCGCAUUCAAAUGUAACCUUUCAGCUCAUAGGAGAAACCACCCUGAAUGUGCCGAAGAUCAUUCUGUGAAAACUUAGAUCUCAAAAAUCAAUUUCAAAUGGGUCGAUUGGAGUGAAGCUGAAAGAAACAUCAAAUGGGUUACCAAGAACAAGAGGAUUCAACAUGAACCAGGGUUCGUUAACUCUUUCUAAGCCUUUUCCCAACUUAAAUGUGGUUGGUCACAUGGAUUCUGUAAUCUCAAUUUUCUGUAAGAGUUCUUGCUAGGAAUGCAUCUUUCAUAUUUCCUCUGUGACUGCA